CUUUUUUGAUACCGAAAAAGUACGAAGAAAACGAGAUAAUCCCGAAAAGAUAGCUUUUACCCUUAGUUCAUUGAACUGCAUUCCCAUUCCGAUUAAUUCUAAUAAAUAUAACUGUUCAAUUUGAUCUCAUUUUAUCUUUGUUGGAUCUGCAGAAGUAAACAAACUGUCCAAAGUCCUUGACAUCUCUAUAAUCCGCAAGUCGACUGACUCAAAUUUCUUAGAUGGAGAUCUUUUACAGAAGGAGAAGAUCGUAUACAAACAGAACCAUUAUCGUCCUCACACUAUUUGUGUUACUGUUUCUGAAUAGAGCAACAGCAAGCCAUGAUGAUGAUGAUGAUGAUGAUUUGGAAGCAUUAGAAGAACUGGAAGAAAUUGACAACAGGGAUGCAAAGUUCUCAGAAGCAGAGACGGUCAGCAGAGCGCAGAGAAUAGUUGCAGAUCUCAAUAAUGAUAAUGCAGAAAGAGUGUUGAACUCCCAUGAGUAUGUACUGUUGUUGGGUUAUGCAUCCUGGUGUGUAAGGAGCUCAGAACUAAUGCCAGAGUUUGCUUAUGCAGCAACAACAUUGAAGGAAAUUGGUAGUCCUAUUUUGCUUGCAAAGCUUGAUGGAGACAGACAUACCAGGGCUGCUUCUAAGUAUGGAAUCAAGGGCUUCCCUUCACUGCUGUUUUUUGUCAAUGGUACUUGGCAAUCCUACACAGGAGGCUUUACCGGGGAUGAAAUUGUUAUUUGGGCAAGGAAAAAGACUGGGGUACCUACUGUGAGGCUCUCUUCUAGCUCUGAGGCUGAAGAAUUUUCGAAAAGAAAUCAAACUUUGGCAGUUGGAUUGUUCAAAAAAUUUGAGGGGAUCGCUUAUGAAGAAUUUGUUAAAGCAGCUAGGGAAGAUAAUGAUGUUCAGUUUGUUGAAGUCGAUAAUCUAGAAGUGGCUAAAUUUCUCAGUCCAGAGAUGAAUCACCUACCAAAUUCACUUGGCCUCAUAAAGAGUGAACCAGAAAAUUUCGUUUUAUUUGAGGGAGAAUUCAAAAAGGAAAAUAUACUUCAGUUUGUUGAGCUCAACAAGCAUCCAUUGAUUACCAGAGUAAACGCACAUAAUUCUGCAAGGGUCCUUUCAAGUCCUAUCAAACUUCAGGUUCUUAUUUUUGCAGAGCCUCAUGACCAUGAGAGCAUUAUUUCAGUCUCCCAAGCUGCAGCAAAAAAUUACAAGUCUAAGAUGAUUUUUCUGCUUAUUGACUCCACAGAUGAGAAUCUUGCAAAACCACUGCUUACAUUAUUUGGGCUCGAACCAACAAAGCCUACAGUUACAGCAUUUGACAACAGCGUUGGUUCAAAAUACCUCUUAGAGUCAAACAUAACUCCGCUGGCAUUGGAGGACUUUUGCUCGAAGUUAUAUGCAGGAAAUUUGUUGCCAUAUUACAAAUCUGAACCCAUACCAACUGAAAACAAAGGAGAUGUUCAAGAUGUGGUUGGAAAGACGUUUGAUGAUAUCAUUCUAAAAAGCUCUGAAGACGUUCUCUUAGAGGUUCAUGCUCCAUGGUGCGUAAACUGUAAAGCUGUGACCAAGCUAAUGGAAAAAGUAGCAAAGCACUUCAAAGGAGAAACAUCACUUGUUAUUGCCAGAAUUGAUGGCUCUUCAAACGAGCAUGCAAACUUCCAGGUCAAUAACUAUCCUAGUCUCCUAUUUUAUCGUGCUGGAAAGAAAGAAGCACCUAUCAAUGUUUCAACAAAGUCAAGCUUGAAAGAUUUGAUACAGUUUAUCAAAGAAAAUGCUGGAUUGCCACUUACAGGAGCAAAAAAGCUUGAGGAAGGCAAAGAGAAUGUGAAGGAAAAAGUGGAUGCUUAUAAUAAAGAUGAAUUAUGAAGGUAGCCAUUUUAUAAUUGAGAUUUUCAUGUUCCCCAUUACACAAGGGAGGUUGGCAUAGCAACUUUCCCUUUCAAGUUUAAAGGUAAGCUGUGCAGUUUAGUAUAAGUUUGUAGCCAGUUAUGUUAGCUGGAGAUAUAAAAAGGUUAUAAGGCAGGCGGGGGUGGAUUUGUGGUAUGGCAAGGGCUGGGUUGUACUUAUUAACAACGAUCUCUUCCUUCUAGCAGAAUGCCAGAAUGGCAUCCUGUGGUAAAUGCAGAGGAACCGAGCUGAUGGAAAUGUCUGGCGAAUAUGGUAGAAAAAUUUCAUUUUAUGUUCUUUUAUGAAAUUUGGUGCAACUAGUCUUGUCUGUUUGGUUUGUUGCAAGGUAGAUUUUAAUUUGAAACAGAGUACCCAACCAGCUGUAUGGCAUUCAAUUCCAUUGAAGCUUGUGAUUUUCGGAACAAACUUCACUUUGGCAAUAAUUUCAGGCAAGGGGAUCCACGAAGAACACAGCAUGUGAAUCCCAGAGUAUUGAUUUGAUCUAUGCUGGUUCAAUUUCAAAGUUAUCAGGGUGGGUACUUGAGCGCAAUUUUUCAUUAAUUGCUUAUUUUCUUAAAAAUAUAUAUUUUCUAAUAUGUAUAUUUUCAUGAUAAUAAUUAUUAGUAUAGAUAUCUUAAAUAUUUUCAC